AUGGAUUCUCUGCAGCUCUCUUCUGGCACCGCCUCGUGCCGCCAGACUUCGCCGCUCUUCCUCCUUCUCCGGCGAGGACUCUCCUCGUCUCAUGGUGCUUCGACCUAUUCCUCUACCUUCUCUUCAUUGAACUCUCCUCUCAUCGCAUGGAGCAGACAAUGCAUAUUCCGCGCUGCCUGCCUAUCCUUCCCCUCGACUACCACUGUUGCCUGCUCCUCCAACGGCGGUAUCAGCGGCAACAAGGUCGCCUACCGUCUCGCUAGAGAUUUCCAGUUCGCCAACUCAUCAGAGAGCCCCACGGUCCUCUCCAUCCAUUCUCCGCUGCCUCCUCCCGCCGCAUCUGCCGACCGUACCAUUUCCCUUCCCAUCGAUUUCUACAAGGUCCCCUCCCGCCCCAUGUCGCCUCCUGCACUUCUGGGAAACAAUGCUCCAGUUGCAUACCCUGUUUCUCUCUUAAUCUGUUCUCCCUGGUGUGUGUGGCGCAUUUGCUAGGUUUUAGGAGCGGAUACUCACUUCCUAAGCGACGGAAUAAGGCGAGCCUUCGAGGUGAAGUGCUCCACUCCUCCGCUGGAUGGCUUUAGCCAGGAUGCUCUGCUUGCGCGCCGCCAGAUUCUCCAGGCAGCUUGCGACACCCUUUCGAACCCUGGGACCCGCGGGGACUACAACCAGGUCCUCGUGGACGACCAUGAUGCUGCCCUGGUCACGCAGGUCCCCUGGGAUAAGGUCAAAUAUCUCUGCCUUGUUCCGACACUAGUUUAUUACCGUUGCUAUCUUUUAAUCUAGUAGUCCUCUCUCUCUCUCUCUCCCCCUCCCUCCAUCCUCCUAGGUUCCCGGUGUUCUGUGCUUACUGCAAGAAUCAGGGGAGGCGGAGGUUGUAAUCCAGGUGGGCAAGCGGCUCCUGAGGGAGAGGCUGUCCAAGCCAUUCAAGCGGGAUGUUGUUCUGGCAAUGGCACUGGCUUAUGUUGACCGCUCGAGGGACGCAAUGGCUUUGAGCCCACCUGAUUUAAUCAGCAGUUGUGACGCACUUGAGAGAGCAUUGAAACUCUUGAAGGUAUGUUCUUUUUACUCAUGAUCAUAAUUUGGUUGUGCUGAUCCUCUCCCCCGUUUGGGACAUACUUGACAUAAUUUAACUUUGAUGCAUUAAUUUAAUACGUUGCAUUGAGGAUAAUGCAUUCUUUUCGUACUCAUUUAACUUUUAUGAUAUGUUAAAAUAGUCCCAGUUUAAAAUAAGCAAGUUAAACCCUGUGGUUUAAUGUAUGUGUAUAUUCCGCUCAAAGCCAUUAAGUUUUGAGUUUGGCGGUCUGAUUCUUUAGGUGGUUUUGGAUUUCAAGGGCUAGCUUGAGUUGUGUCCCAUUGGUGCUUUCCUUGUAUAACAAGGUCACCAAAAGGUUCUCCUGCAUCUGAGGAUGUGUUGGAACAGCUCCACACUCCAACUAAAAUCACGUGGUUAAAUAUAUUGGUUCAUUUCACUCACAGGUGAUUCGUUUUAGCUUAGUUGGCACGGUUAUUUAAUGUAGUGGGAAGACUACAUCUUGUCACUAGUUUAGUUCAUGAGGUGGUUUCCUAUUGAAAUCUAAAACAGACGAUUGAAAGUCUCUUUCUCUUCUUUUCUCUGAGAAUCUGGGUUAAGUCGCGCACAUGAUUUGAAGAGAGAUUCCCCACUACCUGGGAUGUUCUUGUGGUAUGCUGUACACGUUUAAGAGCCUGAGCGGGAAGGAUUCUAGACAAUCUUGUUGCUUGGUUGUUAGUUCCGAUUGUGAACCUAGAUUUUACAGCCUAUUUUGACAUUUUAGACCGGAUAAAACCAAAGUCAAAUUACCCUGGGCAGGGUGAAAACAACAGUGACAUGAAUAAUGUAAAUCACAGGACCAAAUAUAGUGCGUUAAGAAGGACAUUGAGGAUACGAGGGUCAACAAACCAUGGUACCUGUCUUGGCUGCUGAACAAACAGAGCUUUCUAUAGAUGAGGGCCACAGCACUAAAUGUACAACCGCGUGCCAGAGUAGCCUAUUCAUGAAGUUUUGGCGUGCAGAAGAAAAUGAGUCCAGACGCCCCACUGUUUCUAUGGUCGCUAAUUUUACCUUUCCACUUUUAAGCUGUGGAAACAGGUGCUCCGGCCUGGUCCUUAAGAUUUUCUCAUACUUCAUUUACUGGGAGGAGUGGUAAUGUUGAAUUUGAUAGGUGUUUGGUCUAUUAUGGGCAUGCCACAGUACCAACUAAGGCAUGGGAUUAUUAAAUUUAUACUACUUGUUAGACAUAUGAUCUUUCAAUACAAAGGAAGAAAUGGGCCGGUGGCUUUCAUGCGCAGAGCUUCCAUGGCAAAGGAGUUUAUUACGGAGGAAAAGAAGUAAAACUCAGCAUGGAACUAAUGGAAGAAACAUCAGAACUGAUGUAUAUAAUUUUUUUAAAAAUCAUGUAUCGAAUAUUUCGAAAAAAAAUUAACCUGACCAAUGGGAUGUGUGCUUUCUUAGGAGGAAGGUGCGACGAACCUUGCCCCUUCUUUGCAAGUGCAGAUUGAUGAGACAUUAGAAGAAAUUACUCCACGCUAUGUCCUUGAGCUUCUAGCUUUACCUCUGGAUGAGGAAUACAGGAGAAGACGAGAUGAGGGUCUUCUUGGGGUUCGUAACAUAUUAUGGGCGGUUGGAGGAGGUGGUGCUGACGCCAUAGGAGGGGGAUUCACUCGUGGAGCUUUCAUGAAAGAAGCUUUCUCAUGCAUGACUGCUGCUGAGCAGGUAAGACGCCUCGUGUUGAAGUUCUCUCACUAAUAAUGUGACCUUUCUCACAGUUGUUGACACUUUUAUUCUCUCAUGCGAAGGUGGAUUUACAUUUGGACAGACCGAGCAAUGUGGCCGUGGAGGGGUUUGAAGUGUAUAUGGCAGCCCUUGCGUUUGUUGCCCAGGCAUUUGUUUGUAAAAGACCAGAGCUCAUUAAGACUGCCGACAGCCUUUUCUUAGAGCUUCAGGAAGCCAAGGUCGCUGCUCUAGGCGCUGCUUCUGAUUAUGCUGCAAAGGCUGACUUAGAGACUGAGUUUGCGCUUGGAAGGGGGCUCUGUUCUUUGCUUGUUGGGGACGUAGACUCAUGUCGGCUCUGGCUGGGUCUUGAUGAUGAGAGCUUCCAUUGCAGAAGCCAGGCAGUUGUGGAUUUCAUCAUGGAACAUUCCAACGAGGACGAGGACGGCAAUCUGCUUCUUGGGUUGUGUACACUUCUGGAGCAUUGGCUUAUGCAGGUAGUCUUUCCUAGAUUUAGGGAGACACAAAAUGUAUGGUCCAGGAUUGGAGACUACUUCGAUGAUCCAAAUGUUCUUGAGCAUCUGCAAAUGCUCGAGGGGGGUGGGGGGUCACCUCUGGCCGCUGCCGCAGCUAUAGCAAGAAUGGGAGCUCGAGCAACAGCUGCUCUUGAUAGUGUGAAGUCAAACGCCAUUCAGGCUCUGUGGAGAGUGUUUCCAGUGGGGGGCAGCGACAGAAAUGAUGAGAUGCAGACUGAGGGGCUGGAACCGAGGAGUGGUGCUGAUGUCUUGGAUGAUUCCGUGGAGAGAUUUGGAGGGUUGACUUCUAAAGAUUCCACUAAUCAGGGAUUUCUUACAGCCAUGACGAAAGCUAAUCUUAAAAUCUUGUGUGCCUGUGUCACAGUUGGCAUAUUGGCUUCGUUAGGUUUCAGGUUUUCUUCUGCCAGGAGUCUGACACCAGUCGCAAGGAAGGGCGUUGACUCAGCUGUGGCUGCUGAUGUCACUAACCUGGGUAAACCCUGCGCCUGAUCUCUUGUAUUGAACAUAAAAUGCCAUAAUUUCAUUGCAUCAUUAUUCUGUUAAUGGUAAUUUAUGGCAUUUAUUAUUUAUUUAUGUCCUAGAUUAGUGACGUCUGACAGAAACCGAUUAGUAUGUAAGUAGAAAAAAUGGUAGACCCCUGAGGCUUGAAGGUUGGUUGAUGCAGAUCUCCCGCUGUCUGAGAGCUCACCAGGAGAAACGGCGAGAAUGGAUGUGAGGCUCGCCGAAGAUGUGGUUCGUCAGUGGCAGAGCACAAAGUCUCAGGCCCUGGGGCCUCACCAUUCUCUUGAGAAGCUUUCAGAGGUGAGUCGCCAUCUAUAUCACUUCCUGUAGCCCUGCAAGGCUCUCUCUCGCUCUCUCUCUAUCUCAUCCGUCGGUGGCUGAGCCAGGUUCUGGACGGGGAGAUGCUGAAGGUUUGGGCGGAGCGGGCCUCGGAGAUCGCAGGGAACGGCUGGUUCUGGGAGUACGAGCUGCUGGGGCUCUCCAUCGACAGCGUGACCGUCUCCCUAGACGGCCGCCGCGCCGUGGUGGAGGCCACCCUCGACGAAGCCUCGCGCCUGACCGACCCCUCCCGCCCCGAGCACAACGACUCCACCCGCGCCGCGUACUCCGUCCGCUACGCCAUGUCCUAUGCCGCCCCCGCCGGCUGGCGCAUCACCCACGGUGCCGUACUCAGGCCCUCGUAG